AUGCUGCACUGCCUGCCAUGCCUCCAGGCCCUGCCUGACUCUCCAGCUCACCUGGACGCAGGUGCGAUCAAACACGAGCUCGUGGAGGUCAGCCGAUCAUCCGGGCACCUGUGCUUGGGGUACGGGGACCGGACGGGAGCCCAUCUCCUCCCACCCUCCAGGAAAGCCAGCCAGCGUCCAGACGCUGUGGCAGCCUGCGGGUUCCGGAAAGCACUGAGCGAGGUACAGAUGCUGCACUGCUGUGUGGACCACUGCAGUGAGGUACAGAUGCUGCACUGCUGUGUGGACCACUGCAGUGAGGUACAGAUGCUGCACUGCUGUGUGGACCCCACUGCAGUGAGUGAGGUACAGACGCUACACUGCUGUGUGGACCCCACUGAAGUGAGGUACAGACGCUGCACUGCUGUGUGGACUCACUGCAGUGAGGUACAGACGCUGCACUGCUGUGUGGACCACUGCAGUGAGGUAAAUCAAGGCACUCUGGCCCGAUCAGCUCUGCUGCUGAUUGUACAUCUUGCUGCUGAGAUGAAGGUGCUUGCAGCCCUGGCGGGCACCCUGGCUGCAGCCGGCGCUGGACUUCUCUUGUCUUUCAUCUUGAGAGGCAAAGAACCUCCUGGGGGAAAGACUGGAAAGUUCCAUGUCAGCAGCGUUGUGGAAGCAAGCAGACGCAUGGUGGAACAUGACCUCUACAGCACGAUGACAAGAAACCUCAGGAAAAGGGAAGCCACUUCCCCAUCUCAGCUGCUGGCCUUCUCCAAGAUGCCUGAGCCAACUAGCAGGACUGUUUCCCACGCAGCUGAGAUCAUGGAAACUUCCAUACAAGUGAUGAAACGUCAACCUUCAUGGCCCACAGAUGUUUUAUCAGAGGAGCUCCUGAGCGUGAUUGCAAAUCUGUCUGGGUGCUUACCUUACAUGCUGCCACCAAGGUGUCCCAACACCUGUCUGGCGAACAAGUACCGGCUUAUCACGGGUGCCUGCAACAACAGGGACCACCCCAGAUGGGGAGCCUCCAACACAGCCCUGGCCCGGUGGCUCCCUGCUGCCUAUGAAGACGGCUUCAGUCAGCCCCGCGGCUGGAACCCCGACUUCCUGUACCAUGGGACGGCCCUGCCCCCGGUUCGGGAGGUCUCGAGGCUCGUCAUUCGAGCUUCCAACUCGGCUGUGAGGGAGGACGACCAGUACUCUGACUUCCUGACCGCGUGGGGACAGUACAUCGCCCACGACGUGGCCCUCACGCCCCAGAGCGCGGGCGGAGACGACUGCGGGCGGACGUGUGAGAACCGGAGCCCCUGCUUCCCCAUCCAGCUCAUCACGCUGCGGGACUACGCUCCGCGCAUCCUGGGCCCCGCGGGCUUCCAGCGGUACGUGGGCCCCUACGCGGGCUACGACCCCACCGUGAACCCCACGGUGUCCAACGUGUUCGCCACCGCCGCCUUCCGCUUCGGCCACGCGGCGGUGCGGCCGCUGGUGCGGAGGCUGGGCCCGGACUUCCAGGACCUCGCGGGGCUGCCCGGGCUGGGCCUGCACGACGCCUUCUUCAGCCCCUGGCGGCUCAUCCGGGAAGGGGGCCUGGAUCCCAUCGUGAGGGGUCUCCUGGCCAGCCCCGCCAAGCUGCAGGUGCAGGACCAGCUGAUGAGCGAGGUGCUGACCGAGCAGCUCUUUGUGCUGUCCAGCCCUGGCGCCUUGGACCUGGCGUCUCUAAACCUGCAGAGGGGCCGUGACCACGGCCUGCCCGGCUACAAUGAAUGGCGAGAGUUCUGCGGCCUGCCGAGACUGGAGACGCCAGCCGACCUGAACAAGGUCAUUGCCAACAGGAGCCUGGUGGACCGGAUCGUGGACUUGUACAAACAUCCGGACAACAUCGACGUCUGGCUGGGCGGCCUGGUGGAGGACUUCCUGCCGGGAGCCAGGACCGGUCCACUGUUUGCUUGCCUCAUCGGGAGGCAGAUGAAGGCGCUGAGGGACGGGGACAGGUGGGUGCCGCCUGCGGAGCGUCCGGAAGCCGCUGGCCCCGGCUCUGUGUGCCUCCGUGCUGCCCCGGCUCUGUGUGCCUCCGUGCUGGCCCCGGCUCUGUGUGGCUCCGUGCUGCCCCGGCUCUGUGACGGGUGCGGCCUCCCGGGCCCGGUGGACCACGGGGACGCCGUGUUCUGUGAAGAGUCGGGCCGGCGCCUGCUCGUGUUCUCCUGCCACCCUGGAUACGCGCUCCACGGGCCCGAGCAGGCUGCGUGCACCCCGCGAGGCCGCAGCGACCCACCGCCGCUGUGUAAAGAUGUGGAUGAGUGUGCAGACCCGACGCGCCCGCCCUGCCACCCCUCUGCGAGGUGCAGGAACUCCGAGGGCAGCUUCCAGUGCGUGUGCUCCGACCCCUACGUGCUCGCGGAGGACGGGAGGACCUGCGUGGACUCUGGCCAGCUCCCUCGGGCAACCUGGGUCUCCGUGGCGCUGGUGGUGACUCUGGCCGGCUGCGUGGCCGCCUUCAGCUGGACGGCGAUUCGCAGGGGGCCUGGCCGCGCCCUCUCCCCGCUGGCUCUGUGUGCCCGCGUCUCCAGGCCUGGCCGCGCCCUCUCCCCGCUGGCUCUGUGUGCCCGCGUCUCCAGGCCUGGCCGUGCCCUCUCCCCGCUGGCUCUGUGUGCCCGCGUCUCCAGGCCCGCUGGCUCUGUGUGCCCGCGUCUCCAGGCCCGCUGGCUCUGUGUGCCCGCGUCUCCAGGCCCGCUGGCUCUGUGUGCCCGCGUCUCCAGGCCUGGCCGCGCCCUCUCCCCGCUGGCCGCUCUGUGUGCCCGCGUCUCCAGGUUGAUCUGA